ACAGUAGAAGAAGAAGAAACAUGUCGGCUUCCGUAGGCGCGGUGGCACCGGCUUUCAGCCGUUCUGCCGUCUCUUCUUUCACCUCCAUGGCUCUGUCCGCCGAGGCCCCCCCGUUCCAUCCCAGAGGUGUGGAUGCCCCACAGCCAGACUCUCUGUCGGAGGCAGAGAAACAGUUUUCUCGCUGCGCCGCUAAACUCCGAUCCUUACGGGCAGACAGCGGGCAGCUGAGAGAGGAGCUCAACCAGCUGUUUGACCAGCUGCUUUCAGAGAAUUAUAACAGGAGCUGUGAGCUCCCCAUCACCAUCAGACCAGAGGAUGUUUGCAUCCUACUGAAGCACGCCAGCGGUCUAGUCCCUCUAAACCAAGAACAUUUAGUUGUCAAAUUCUGCCAACUAGUCCAUCACCUCCUGAACCAGCUGAAGGUAAUAAUGGAUGAACAGACGCUGGACGUUCUGGUAAACUACACCGCCAAUGCCAUGAAGCAAUGCAGUACCUGGACCCACUCUGAUGUCCUGCUGGCACUUUCCACAGUAGUGUAUGGGAAUGGAUCUCAGUGCCAUCAGCUCAUCAGUGACUUGCUUUGUGAUGAUGGCGUCAUUAUGCAGUACAGUUCUCCGUCUCAGCCCAAUAUUGAGUUGCGUCAUGUUGCCCUGACCUGCAUGGCCAACAUCUGCCUCAGGAUUCCUGGUCAGCCACCUUUGGACGAUCAGUACAGAGGUGUUUGUUUCCAACUUUUCCUUAAGACACUUCAUUCGCCCAAACCUCCCAACACUGAUGAUCUCUUCUACUGCAUGGUUGUCCAGGCAGCUCUGAAGGGACUCCAGUUCUGCCUGUCGGGUGGGAAGUGGAAAUUUGGAGCAGGAGAGGAGCUUGGAUCUGUACUGGCUGCACUGAAGCGACUCAUGUUCCAGGGAGCUCCUGGUUUGAGUGUUGAAUGGCCGGCUGUGCUCUACCCGGCGCCUCUUUCGCAGUAUGAAGCUCUCUCUCCACCAAAGCCUGCAGAACCACUAAAAACUUCAGAUCCAUCGGUGGAGACUGGAAAAGCUUCAGGAAAAAAAAAGAGGAAAUCUAAAGGAAAAGGAAAGAAGACUCAAACUGAGGAGAGUAGAGCGGAGGAUGGAGAGGAGGAAGAGAAAGAAGAGGUGUCUGAACUUCCCAGAGGGAGACGAAACGGCGGCAGAGAUGAUGGGGAGGCUUUACCCAAACCAGCCUCUUUGGAUCUCUACCCUUCCUGGAGGAUGAACAGCUCUGAAUCUGAUUUUUCAGACAUUGAAGGAAACGCACAAAGCAAAUUAAGAGUUUACCAGUGCCGUGUUCGUCAGUUAGCGCUGCACUGUAUGCUAGCAGUGGUGAAAUCUGUUGAGAAGAGGAGCCUGUAUGGAUACUGGUCCUCCUUCAUCCCCGACUCUCCUGCUGGUGGACCUCCAUCUCUAACUCUCCUCACUAUUAUACUAAAGGACUCCUCACCAAAGGUACGAUUGUGCGCCCUUCAGGUGCUGUCCGCCAUAUUGGAUGGGUCCCGGCAUUUCCUGGCUGCGGCUGAAGAUACGGCGUCACCACGUACCUCAUACACCCCUUUCUCCUUCCUGCUGGCGGCUGCCAUCAGAGAGCUGCACCGCGGCCUCAGCCUGGCUCUGCUGGCUGAGACGUCCUCCCAAACACUCACACAGGUCAUAAAGUGCCUGGCGUUCCUGGUAGCCAACGCUCCCUAUCAUCGCCUCAGACCUGGUCUGCUGAGCCUGCUCUGGAAGCAGAUCCGUCCUUAUGUGCGCCACAGAGAUGUGACGGUGCGUGGGGCUGUGUUGAGACUGUAUGGCGCCAUAGUAACGGCUCAGGCCCCCCUCCCUGAAGUACAGCUUCUCCUCCAGCAACCAGAAAGUCUCAGCAGCGGCAGUUCCUCCGGUAUUGUCACUCCACAGGAACCUGCUCUGAGCUGGAGAAACAGGAACGGAGCUUCCUCUCCUGCUCGUACGCCGGCAGCAUCCUCUCGCACUCACUCCCCCCACCCUCAUACACCAAAGGAGGAGGAGAACUCGUCACCAUGGCUGCUGAAGCUGUGCGUAUCUCUGGUGACUCACCCCAGAGAGGAGCAAUCAGACAGUGAGGGAGCUGGAGGGGGCCCUGCUUUAGAGCCCUCUCAGGUCCGUCUAGAAGCUCUGCAGGUCUUGUCCCACCUGGUACGAGGUUAUUUCCCUCUUGCUCAGUCAAGUCUGAAUGAGAUUGGGCAGCUGAGCACUCGGUGCCUCGGGGAGAUGGACCCCUCCAUCCAGCUACAUAGUGCAAAUCUGCUAGAGGAGUUUGGUGCAGGAAUAAUCCAGCAGUACAGAGCUGAGAAUAAUGUUCCUGAAAGCUCCAGGAUUCCUGUAAAUCAAGUGGUGGCGUUCUGGUCGGAUGUGCUGAGCGGGCCGCUGAACGCGGCGCUGCAAAAUGAACAACAUCCCACGCUACAGGCGAGCGCCUGCGACACGCUCGCCUCCAUCCUGCCACAGGCCUUUGCUCAGCUUCCUGAUAAAACUCAGCUGAUGUGCAUCACUGUGCUGCUGGGCCUGACUUACGUUGAGAACUAUCUGGUGAAGACGGCAGCUGUCAGGGCUUUGGGAGUUUACAUCCUGUUCCCUUGUUUAAGAGAGGAUGUGAUGUUUGUGGCGGAUACUGCGAACAUCAUCCUGGCUGCCCUCGAUGACCGAUUUACAAACGUCCGUGCAAAGGCUGCCUGGUCUUUGGGAAACCUCACAGACACCCUUAUCAUCAACAUGGAGAAUUUAGGUGGAGAUUUCCAGGAAGAACUGUCCGACAUGCUUCUGCUGAAGAUGCUGCAGGCAGCAAAUCGAGCAGCUGCAGACAGAGACAAGGUGAAGUGCAAUGCAGUGCGAGCACUUGGAAACCUGCUUCACUUCCUGCGUCAGGGUCAGAUGACUCGGUCUGUUUUCCAGCGUCCUUUGGAAGAUGCAGUUCGAGCUUUGGUGAAAACCGUCCAAUCAGAAGCUACGAUGAAAGUCAGGUGGAACGCCUGUUAUGCACUGGGAAAUGCGUUCAGAAAUUCCGCCCUGCCGCUCGAGACAGCGCCGUGGUCUGAGGAUGCCUUCUCUGCCCUCUGCCACGUGGUCACCUCCUGCAAAAACUUCAAAGUCCGCAUCAAAUCAGCUGCUGCUCUCGCAGUCCCAGCGCAGCGGAGCUGCUAUGGGGACACGAAGCGCUUCAGCUGCGUCUGGCGCUCUCUGGCCACGGCCCUCGAAAACAGCGAAGAUGCCGUCAACUUCCUGGAGUACCGCUACAGCGCCUGCCUCCGACACACGCUGUCAGGGGCCCUGCUGCAUCUGCUCAGUCUCAGCGAGCUGCAGGACAUGCCUGGACUCAGCGCGGCGUUGGCUGGGGAGGAGGGCAGGGGUGUUAGAGAGCAUUUAAUCAAGUAUCUUACAGUGGAGGAAGAAGAAGGAAAAACAGAUGAAGCUGGAGAAGAGAGGAACUCUGGGGAGGAAAAUAACGGCCCUCAGCAGAGAAGGGUUCAACUCCAGCAGACGGUCGUCAGGCUGAAGAGCCUAAAGGCAGAAGAGGAGGGAGGGGCGGAGGAGAAGGAGGCCGUGGUUCGUUUCCUGGAGGAUCUGUUAAGGAUAUGUGAGGAAAUUUAGAAAUGUGCUUUUAUAAUCUGAUUUCACUGCAAGUCAGACAAAC